GCGCGGGCGGGGCGCCGGUGUCCGGAUCGCCCCGGGCCUCGCGCGCGCUUCUCGGUGUUCCCCGCAGAGGGCGCCGGCCCGGAGCCGCCGCGUCGCCAGCAGCCAGCCCAGCCGCCGCCAUGAAGGCCGUAGUGCAGCGCGUCACCCGGGCCAGCGUCACAGUUGGAGGCGAGCAGGUGAGCGCCAUCGGCCGGGGCCUCUGCGUGCUGCUGGGCAUCUCCCUGGAGGACUCACAGAAGGAGCUGGAGCACAUGGUCCGGAAGAUCCUGAACCUGCGUGUGUUUGAGGACGAGAGCGGCAAGCACUGGUCCAAGAGCGUGAUGGACAAGCAGUACGAGGUGCUGUGUGUCAGCCAGUUCACUCUGCAGUGCGUCCUCAAGGGCAACAAGCCCGACUUCCACCUGGCCAUGCCCACCGAGCAGGCCGAGGGCUUCUACAACAGCUUCCUGGAGCAGCUGCGGAAGACCUACCGGCCCGAGCUCAUCAAAGAUGGCAAGUUUGGCGCCUACAUGCAGGUGCACAUUCAGAACGAUGGACCUGUGACCAUAGAGCUGGAGUCCCCGGCUCCCGGUGCUGCCACCUCUGACCCAAAGCUGCUGUCAAAGCUGGAGAAACAGCAGCAGCGGAAAGAAAAGACCAGAGCCAAGGGGCCCUCGGAAUCCAACAAAGAGCGCGCUGCCCCCCGGAAGGAAGACCGCAGUGCCAGCAGCGGGGCAGAGGGCGAUGUGUCUUCUGAGCGGGAGCCAUAGCCAUGGUAUGAAGUGCAUUGCCAUUGGGCAGAACUGGAUCCCAAAAAACUCAAGAAGCUGAGCACCUACGCUGCUUUAAGGAUUUGGGACUGGAACAUGAGAAGACAGAAGUUAGAACCUGUGAUCCCGAGUGGCCCUGAGGAAGCACGAAGGACCCUGCAUUUCCCACAGCUGCUGUAAUCAGAUGGGCCAGAGGUUGCUCCAGGUGUGGCAUGUGUUGGGGGCUCCCCCAGCUCCCCACAGAAGGCUUCCCUGGUUUGCAGUGUGUCUUGGCUUGCUUGUGGAACUGGCCAGCCCAACGUCAUCUGUCAUCACAUCCCCUGUGGUGUGCUCCGCGUGUCCACAAUGGCCUCCAACGCAUCCGCGCUGCCCACAUCCUUCCCACACGGCUCCUGCCAGGGCCGUGGCAGACGGCCACGUGGCAGUCCUCAGCAGUCGUGUGUCAUGUGAGACCUUUGUUUGCAUCUUGUAAAUUUUCUCUUUUUCUAAAAAUAAAUAAUAAAACCCUAAAUCUCAAGAAACCACUUUCUUACCAAA